AUGGAGAGGACCGGUGACGCAGAGCGUUCCCCAACCAGAGCAGGAGGAUCCCAGGGCUGGUCCUGUUUGCGCAACCUUCUCACCGGGCUAAUUAGCCCCUUUAUAGUGUUUGAGGAGGAGUCUUACUCUCUCGAUAGUGUCCUUUCCUGCCUAGUGUUUGGUCAGCCUGACAGACCCCAUAAAGUCCAGACCAUGAAGAGACAAUGGAGAGGACCAGUGGCGCACAGCGUCCCCCAACCAGAGCAGGAGGAUCCCAGGAGGAAGUGCAAGAACUGCGGAGCCUUUGGGCACACAGCAAGAAGUAAGAGGUGCCCCAUAAAGUGCUGGAGUAGGAUUGUCGUGCCCAAAGCCUGGGGCUCAAAAGAGAUGAAGGAGAACACGGAGCCAAAGAAACCCCAGGAACCUCAGACUCUUUGGCCCUGUAACAACUUGGAAAGAGAAAAGGAACAAAGACAAAGGCAAGGAGAACAUGACAGAAAAGCUCUACUCCAGAAAUUUCCCAAGAGACCCGAAGGGAAGCAGCAGAAAAAUUGGAAAGAAUUAAGAGAAUCUUGUGACUACUUAAGGCACCCUUGCAGGCCCAUGCCCAUUUACACUACGAAGAUGCGAUCUGUCCUGGACCCUUCUCUCAGAAACUGGCCACAUGUAAGGAAACCUGACCUGAAAUCUAUCUUCCCUGAAAGGUGUCCUAUCCAAGAUCAUGAUCCAAGCUUCUUCUCAUGUCAUGGACAAACUAAAGAAGAAGUGAAUAUCACUGGCUCUUCUCAGCCAGCAACCAAACACUUUGACCAGGACUCUACCGUCAUGGCCAAGACAACAGACAACAGAUGUGAUGCUUGUGCUUGUUAUGUUUCCCAGCCGGCCACAAAAACCCUUUUCCCGGGCCAUGUCCUCAGCCCCCAAGAACAAGCCAAGGGUCCUGAUCGGAUCUCAAAAUCCAGUCCACAGUCUGCCAGAGGUAGAAGGGGCCAGGACUCUCCACUUAGAAUCCAGGCACCAGGAAAAAGAUCUGCCCAGACCCCCGUACAGAUUUGCUUGAAUCCUGCGAAGAAAGCAAAACUCACGACCCUCCAGAUUCUCCAACAGAGCAGUCAGAGACCUGAUGUGGGAGCUGGCCAGCCUCUUUCCAAUACAACUGAAUUUGGACCAAAAGGGCCACCCCAAGUCCCCAGGAUGACAGACCGCCAGCCUCUGCACAGUAGACCUCAACUGAAUACUGUUGAAACCAGCCCUAUCCUUCCACCCCCAAUUUCUAGCCAUGUUCCACGACAGCCACUCAGAAUUGUUUUCACAAGAAUGGAAAAUGGACAGUGGAGCUCCAGGUUCAGAACAUCUCCCACUUCUCUCCUUCCUGAGUAG